AUGGCGUCCAUUUCCCGCGCGUUGCGGCCUCUGUGCCGCACUGCUCCCUCCUUCCGCUUGGCUGCGAGACGGCCAUUGCCCUACUACUUUGCUAGGAGCAAUGGCCAUGCAUUCUCUACCACAUCCCGCCGGCGGGAUGUGGACCUGUCCAGUUUGACGCCAACCCCGAUCACCCUAUUCUCCGAAACAGAGACCAUGAUGGCCGAUGCGGUGUCCAAGUUUGCGCAGGAGCAAAUUGGACCUAAAGUCCGAGACAUGGACGAGGCGGAAGCCAUGGACCCUGCCAUUGUCGAGCAGUUGUUCGAGCAAGGAUUUAUGAGUAUUGAGACGCCCGAGGAAUACGGCGGUGCCGGCAUGAACUUCACAUCUGCCAUCGUAGCGAUCGAAGAACUGGCACGGAUUGACCCUAGCGUCAGUGUCAUGGUUGAUGUCCAUAACACACUGGUGAACACGGCUAUCCUAAAAUACGGUGAUGCCCAGGCGAGGAAAACGUGGCUGCCCAAGCUGUCUACGGGGACAGUUGGCUCUUUCUGUCUGUCUGAGCCUGCAUCUGGAUCGGACGCAUUUGCUCUACAGACUAAGGCUGAAAAGCUGGCUGAUGGGUACAAGCUGAAUGGUUCGAAGAUGUGGAUCACUAACGCUAUGGAAGCUGGCAUCUACAUUGUUUUUGCCAACCUCAACCCCAGCCAAGGCUACAAAGGUAUCACAGCCUUCAUUGUUGAGAAGGGUACACCUGGUUUCUCCAUUGCCAAGAAGGAGAAGAAAUUGGGUAUCCGCGCCAGCAGCACUUGCGUGCUUAACUUCGACGACGUGGUGAUUCCCAAGAGCAACCUCCUGGGUGAAGAAGGUCAGGGCUACAAAUACGCCAUUAGCGUCCUUAAUGAGGGUCGCAUUGGUAUUGCUGCUCAGAUGACUGGUCUGGCACUAGGCGCCUGGGAGAACGCUGCCCGCUACGUCUGGAAUGACCGCCGCCAGUUCGGCCAGCUCAUUGGAACCUUCCAAGGCAUGCAGCAUCAGUUGGCUCAAGCUUACACCGAAAUUGCCGCGGCCCGGGCCUUGGUCUACAAUGCCGCACGCAAGAAGGAAGCGGGUCAGGAUUUUGUCCAGGAUGCCGCUAUGGCAAAGCUGUACGCCUCCCAGGUUGCAGGUCGCGUGUCCGGCUCUGCCGUAGAAUGGAUGGGCGGAAUGGGCUUCGUGCGCGAGGGUAUUGCAGAGAAGAUGUUCCGUGAUAGCAAGAUCGGGGCUAUCUACGAAGGAACCAGCAAUAUCCAGCUGCAGACGAUUGCAAAGCUUUUGCAGAAGGAGUAUACCCAGUAA